AUGCGCCUGUCUCAAGCUCCACGACCAGAUGGAAAGCCUCGCCGCCAGUUCGGUCCCAACGGCCCGAGCGAGUCGUUUUUGGAGCGGUUUUUCGCCGAGUUUUCCGACGAACUCCGCUGGAUCACUGCACACUCGAUCGAAACCAUUCGUACGGCCGCGAUGAACGAGAAAACCCUCAGAAGCUUCUUUGAGCGCCUGCAGGAGCUUUGCGCCAAUGAUGUGCGCACCCUGCUACAGAUUCCAUCGCUUCUCACGUUCGAGGAGUUGCUGCGAGCGCCCCCGCUGACACCGUCGUCGAGCUGCACCGAGCCCGUCACUAUCCGAACCGUCAAGCCGAACAAGGCCUACUCGCCCCAAGAUGCGGCACAGCGUGCUACCCAACACGAGCGAGAAGCUCGGGAACAAGAAAAGGCUCAGGUUGCGCCUCUCAUGGCGGAGUACAACCGGGCAAUGCGGACCUACGAAGACAAAAUCGAGCCCGUCAUGAAUCAGCAGGACCAACGCAAGUCGACGAUCGAUGCCGACCAGGCCCGGCUCGCAGAACUCGAGGCAGAUGACUCGGCAGCCGCUCUGGUUGCAGACGUGCGUGCGCAACUUCACGCGAACCAGCAGAGGCUCGCCAAAGUCAACGCGACCGUGAAGCAAAUGGUCGCCGCAAAACCCAAGCGCCCCGACGUCCGACACGUCCGCGCGCUUGCCGCCUCGAAAGCAGCAGCUGCGGCACCGGCUUUGCAAUCGGUUGCGACGAUGGCGGUUGAGCAGGACGACUCUGACGACGAAUGCGAAGAGGACGGCAUUCCGCCGUCGCCAAUGCAGGUGACUUCUGCCGCUCCAGCGCGCUCCAGGAAGAGAAUCUAUGAAAGAGACUCUGACGACGAGGCCGCUCCAUCAUUUGAAACAGCACAGAGUGGCGGGUCGGACGAGAAUGUGACCUAUUCACUGUCGUCAAGAUCUCUCGAGCGGCUGAAGGAGCCCCGUCUUGCUACCCGCAGCUCAUCGCGGCUCAUAUCGUCUCCAGGUGUGACACUCAGUCGUGCCAACACAAUUGGCGUGAGCAGCUGGCUGACAAACGACAUGGCGGCGAUGCAGCUCGUGUCAACCGAGGGAAAUGUGUCGUCCACGCCGAAAACCGAUCGCCGGAAGCGACUCGCGCUAUCUGACCUCUCCAAUUCGAACUAA